CGACUCCAACUCUUAUAACUUGGAUCAAAAGUGCUGGGAAUCGGUAUACUCCCAUCAACAAACUCAAACUUAUUUUUGGCACCCAAAGCACGUUUCAUGGUUCGUGCCCACGCAUGAUAAUUUGAACCAUUCAACAUGGGAGUGACAAUAACAGAGGAAGGGCCAUCACAUGGAUGAAUAUAAUAGGGAUUAGUGGGAUCUUGUGAUGGAUCUAUUUGACUACCACCAGUAUUGGAACCGGAACCACUACCUUGGGCCAUCAGAGUUACAACCUGGCUCUGAUACCAUCUUAAGAUUUUAAACAUUUAAAAGAAAAAGAUGAAAGAUAGAAUUUCAUUGAUAUCUCCAGAAGGAAAAACUGUUACGGCAAUUAAAAUUGCCUUUAUUUAUAAUAAAAGAAGGGUGCAGUAAAAUCCUAUUCUAGAUGAUGCUCUAUCGUAACAUUGCCAGCCUAUAAUCUAUUGAGGUUGUUAGCGAUGGAUACUGGAAAAGAUUCUGCAGCUGAGUGGGAUGAUUUGAUUGUCUGCCCUGCUGAGUUGGUGUAUUUGUGAAAAUCCAAUUUUACCCUUUUCAUCAUUUUCGUAAUUUAACACGAUCUUAGAACCUGCUAUUGCUCGCUUGUGUUCUUCCAGCUUCAUUCCCUCCAAGUUCUCUUCGCUAAUCAAAGUUUUGACUUGAGCUUGUAAAAGGGCAGAGUGGAGAUGAGAAACGAACCUUUUACCGAUGUCUUUCCCUUCAAAAUUGAUGAAUGCAUCGUAUAUGAAAUGGGGUGCUGAUUUAAAGAAGGAUAAAGAUAAAGACGAAGAUGAUGAUGAAGAAGAAGAAGCGAACUCCAUCGAUGAACUUGAAGUCAACUCUUCGCAGUUGACUUCAAUUCUUUUGAUGGAGUUCGCUUCUUCAUCAUCAUCAUCAUCAUCCUCAUCCUUCAUAAAAUCAGAACCCCAUUUCAUAUACGAUGCAUUCAUCAACUUUUGGGGAGAAGACAUCGGUAGAAAGUUCGUUUCUCAUCUCCAUUCUGCCUUUUUACAAGCGCAAGUCAAAACUUUUAUUAGCCAGGAGAGUCUGCCGAAGGAACUGGAGCUGGAAGAGCACAUGCGAGCAAUAGGAGGCACUAAGAUUGCAAUAAUCGUUUUCUCCAAAACAUACACUGAAUCUGCCUGUUGUCUUCUUGAGCUAGAAAAAAUUAUUGAAUGCCUCGAAACUUUUGGCCAAAUAGUUUUGCCCGUAUUUUACGAGAAUGAACCACUGUAUGUACGUGAUGAGAAGAAUGAUUUUGGAAAAGCGAUGGAAGAAACAGCACACAAAAGCUAUUCAGGAGAACAACGGGAGCAAGUGUUGUCGAGGUGGAGGCGUGCACUAAACAAAGCUGCAGGUAUCACUGGUUUGAAUGUUAGAGAGUUCAGGCAUGAUGCUCAACUUGUGGCGGUAACUGUUAGACGCGUUCAGUCAUUGCUGGGCUAUCAAGACUUGUCUGUUAUCCCAUUUCCUGUUGAAUUAGAGCCGCACGUGGAAAAGGUGAUUGGAUGUAUUGAAAAUAUUUCCACCAAAGUGUUUAUGAUAGGAAUAUGUGGAAAGGAAGGAUCGGGUAAAACAGCAAUAGCCAAAGCCAUCUAUAAUCGAAUUUAUCGUUUAUUCAUUGCUAAGAAUUUUUUUGACUAUAUUAAAGGAGUUUGGGAUCCAGUUGAUAAAAGGUAUGUUGAUUUGAAAGAAUUUGUUAAUGAUGUCCUAAAAGACAAGUUGGAGUUUGAAAGAACUGUGAUGGAAAGAGUUAUUAUGGAUUACAAUGAACAUUCUCGAAGGAAGUUGCUCAUUGUGUUUGAUGAUGUGACUGUGUUUGGCCAAUUAAAAAACCUAUACCGGAAUCGUACACGUUUCGGUCAAGGAACUCUAAUAAUCAUUACAACUAGAGAUGUUCGAAUACUGAAGCGACUCAAAGUUGAUUAUGUUUAUAAAAUGAAUGUUAUGAACUAAAAUGAUUCCCUUUAAAUUUUCAGUUCUCAUGCUUUCAGAUAAGCAAACCAAGAAAAGAACUGAAGGAACUUGCAAGAAACAUUGUUGUUUAUCGUGGAGGACUACCCGUAGCUCUUAAGUUCCUUGGUUCCUUUUUAUGUGUUAGAACAAUGGAAAAGUGGGAUUGUGUAUUCUCAAACCUAAAAUUAAUUCCCACUGGUAUACUUCUUGAUGCGUGUAUUGUUAAAGAGAGAGAGACUA